UACAUUUGGACGUGUUCAUCUGGUGAAGGAAAAAAUGGCCAAACGUUACUUUGCACUGAAGGUCAUGAGCAUUCCCGACGUUAUUCGGCUGAAGCAAGAGCAACACGUGCACAAUGAGAAGUCGGUCUUAAAGGAGGUCAAUCACCCGUUUUUGAUCCGAUUAUUUUGGACCUACCACGAUGAACGUUUUCURUAUAUGUUAAUGGAAUACGUCCCAGGAGGAGAACUUUUCAGUUAUCUGCGCAACAUGGGGCGCUUCAACAACAGCACAGGACUGUUUUACUCUACAGAAAUUAUUUGUGCAAUAGAAUACCUGCACUCCAAAGAAAUAGUUUACAGAGACUUAAAACCUGAAAACAUAUUACUAGACAAAGAAGGACAUAUCAAGCUUACAGAUUUUGGAUUUGCUAAAAAACUGGUGGAUAGGACAUGGACACUCUGUGGUACCCCUGAAUACCUUGCGCCAGAGGUCAUACAAAGCAAAGGCCACGGAAGAGCUGUGGAUUGGUGGGCUCUGGGAAUUCUGAUAUUUGAGAUGUUGUCAGGGUUUCCUCCAUUUUUUGAUGACAAUCCAUUUGGUAUAUAUCAGAAGAUACUUGCUGGCAAAAUAGAUUUCCCAAGGCAUUUGGAUUUGUAUGUAAAGGACCUUAUUAAGAAGCUGCUUGUGGUUGAUAGGACAAGACGACUAGGAAAUAUGAAGAAUGGAGCAGAUGAUGUGAAGAGACAUCGAUGGUUCAGGUCUAUAGACUGGGACGCUGUACCUCAAAGAAAACUGAAGCCUCCUAUAGUGCCGAAAGUAUCCAAUGAUGGGGAUACAUCCAAUUUUGAAGCUUAUCCUGAAGAUGACUGGAACAAGACACCUCCGGUACCCCCUAAAGAUUUAGAAAUUUUCAAGAACUUCUGAAUGUGACAUCCACUGGACAAGGUACUUGCUGUUGGAGAGCAAGUAGACUCUAUUAUG